GUUUUAAGUGUUUUGAUCCUCUUUUAUGGGGUAAAACGCUGAUUCAAGUGCAGUUUUCAUUCAUUUUUUUUAUAUUUUUUUCAUUUUGUUUCGUAAUUUUUUUUUAAUUUAUCUCCCUGAAAUCCAUUUAGUCUGAAGGCAAAAUGUUAGGACGCAAGCAGAGUGUGAAAGGGGAAGAAAUUCUAGCUGAUUACGGUGCUGGGGAAACAUUAAUGCAAUUGGGCAUUGCAGCCGAUGAUGAAUGGGUAAGUUUGUGUGGGGUGCGUCGCUUGUUACGACUUUGUGCUCUUUUGAGUCUGCUGUCAGUGAGCCUAAAUACAACUCGAACCUUUGAGCGUUAUCCAUACUUAAUUUAUGCUACGUUUGUGUGUGAUUGUGUUGUGACUAUCCUUUUCACAAUUGAAAUGAUCGUUAAGAUGUAUUUUCGUGGAUUUGGGGGAGAAUAUUCUUAUUUAAAAGAUCGUUGGUGCCAAUUUGAUGCUACAAUGGUUUUUUUCUUAUGGAUAUCUGUUAUACUUCAGAUAUUUGAAAUGCUACAUGUUGUGCCAAAGUUUUCAUACUUGUCAAUUUUGAGAGCUCCUCGUCCAUUAAUUAUGAUACGUUUCAUAAGAGUAUUUUUGAAAUUUCAAAUGCCAAAAUCGAGAAUCAAUCAAAUUUUUAAGCGUUCAAGUCAACAGAUCUACAAUGUUACACUCUUUUUUCUAUUCUUCAUGUCUUUAUAUGGUCUUUUAGGAGUUCAAUUUUUUGGUGAAAUGUCAAACCAUUGUGUUGUGAACGGCACUGAUCCUAACAAUGUGACUCUUGAUGAUCUUGCAAUUCCUGAUACUUAUUGUUCAAACAUUCCGGAUGCUGGUUAUCAUUGUCCUGAAGGAAUGGUUUGUAUGGAGCUUGAAUUGCCAAAAAGUAUAUCGGGCUUUAAUGGCUUCGACGAUUUUGCACAUAGCUUUUUUACGGUUUAUCAAGCAGCAUCUCAAGAAGGCUGGGCCCUACUUAUGUAUAAAGCUAUGGACAGUUUACCUGCUUGGAGAGCAAUUUGUUAUUUCACUACUAUGAUUUUCUUUUUGGCAUGGUUAGUUAAGAAUGUUUUCAUUGCUGUUAUUACUGAGACAUUCAAUGAAAUUAGAGUUCAAUUUCAACAAAUGUGGGGAGAAAGGGGGACUAUUCAGACUCAGUCAACACCACAAAUUUUAAAAGGUGAUGAUUCUGGCUGGAAGCUCAUAACUAUGGAUGAAAAUAAAGGCCAAGGUAAAGCUCCGGCUUGUCUACAAGUAUUUUUGCAGUCAGCUAUAUUUCAAGUCAUAGUAAUGAUGGUAAAUGUAGCUAAUGCUAUUGUAGCUGCCAGUAUUAAAUUUCAGCAUGAUGGAAGGCCAAGAGAGGAAUUUUAUAAGCACUAUUAUUUAGCUGAGGUGGGAUUUACGAUAUUUUUUAACCUUGAAGUUAUUUUCAAAAUUUGGUGCUUAGGCUUUCGGGGAUAUUACAGGAGAUCUCUUCACAAGUUUGAGCUAUUGUUGGCUAUUGGAACAACUUUUCAUAUUAUUCCUGAUCUGUAUAUGUGUGAGCUGUCAUCAUUUCAGGUGCUGAGAAUUGUUAGACUAAUAAAAGCAUCGCCUGUUUUGGAAGAUUUUGUGUAUAAGAUUUUUGGUCCAGGAAAAAAGUUAGGGAGUUUGAUUAUAUUUACAAUGUGCUUACUUGUUAUUACAUCAAGCAUUAGUAUGCAGCUAUUUUGUUCUUUGGGUGAUUUCACUAAAUUUGAAGCUUUCCCUGAGGCAUUUAUGUCUAUGUUUCAAAUUCUAACACAAGAAGGUUGGGGUGAAGUAAUGAAUGAAACCAUGUUGAGAACAAGUACAAGUAUUGGACCUUUUGUAGCAAUUUAUUUCAUCUUGUAUCAUUUGUUUGUUACUCUGAUUGUGUUGAGCUUGUUUGUGGCUGUCAUUUUAGAUAAUUUGGAAUUAGAUGAAGACAUAAAAAAAGUGAAACAGUUGAAAGCAAGAGAACAAAGUGCAGGAAUAAAAGAAGGCUUACCAUUACGUUUAUUGCUGUUUGAACGUUUCCCAGACAGUCCCCAAAUGAGCAGGCUUAGUAAAGUUCCAUCAGAAUUUAUUGUUCCAAAAGUUAGGGAAAGUUUUAUGCGGCAGUUUGUUGAAGAUCAGCCUGAAGAUUCUCCAACUAUGAAGAAAUUAAGUGAAAAUGAAGACAAUUUAGUUACUUUUCGCAAAAUUAGACCAUUGAAACUUAUGGCUUCGCCGUGCAGAGUGAGGAACACUACAAAUAUUUUAAGAAAAGCAAGCGUGACUAACAUAGUUAUUGAUUCUAAUAACCAAAGAUUACUUGUUGGUGAUUCUGGACAAAUUCCAGUUCUUGGAAAAGGCCCAAAACAAUCACAAAGCCAAAAGACUAUACGAUUAGAUAGAAGAAGCAUGAGACGUUCAAUGAGAGGUUCCAUAAAAAUCAAGCAGACAUAUGAUCAUUUACGUGAAAAUGGUGAUGGAGGCACUUUAAAUCCUAGUACUUCACGAAGUCCCCAUGAUUUUGAUAUUAAGCUGCUGCAGCAAAAAAGACAGCAAGCAGAAAUGAAAAGAAAUCAACGUGAAGAAGAUCUUAGAGAAAAUCAUCCAUAUUUUGACACUCCUCUUUUCAUGGUGGCUCGUGAGAGUAAAUUUCGUAAAAUUUGCCAAUCAAUCGUUUGGGCCAGAUAUGAUCCACAGAUCAGAGACCCUGUAACUGGCAAGGAAAGGAAAAUCAAAUAUAAAACUUUUCACAAUUUGCUAGGCCUAGUGACUUAUCUGGAUUGGUUUAUGAUUUGGACAACUACGCUGUGUUGCAUUUCGAUGAUGUUUGAAACGCCUCAAAAAAGGGUUAUGAAUACACCUGUACUGCAAAUUGCAGAAUAUGGGUUUGUGGCUGCUAUGAGUAUAGAAAUUAUCCUAAAGACCCUAGCGGAUGGCUUAUUUUUUACUCCAAAAGCACUAAUCAAAGAUGCUGCUGGUGUUAUGGACUUUUUCAUAUUUUCGGUGAGUUUAGUAUUUUUGGCUUGGAUGCCUAAAGAAGUUCCUCCUCAGUCUGGAGCUCAAGUUUUAAUGAUUUUAAGAUGUGUACGACCUUUGCGUAUUUUCAGUCUUGUGCCGCACAUGCGUAAAGUAGUUUAUGAACUUUGCCGUGGAUUCAAAGAAAUUCUUUUGGUCUCAGUAUUGCUUAUAGUUUUGAUGUUUGUCUUUGCUUGUUAUGGCGUUCAUAUGUUUGGUGGUCGUUUGGCUCGAUGUAAUGAUCCAGACAUAAAGGAAAGAGAACAGUGUGUAGGAGUAUUCAUGCGAAAGAUAUUCAUCACCAAAAUGAAACUACAGCCUGGAGAAAAUGAAUCAUAUCCUGCUAUGCUUGUUCCAAGAGUGUGGGCAAACCCUAGAAGAUUUAACUUUGACAAUAUUGGAAAUGCCAUGUUGGCUUUAUUUGAAGUUCUUUCGUUCAAAGGCUGGCUAGAUAUUCGUGACGUAUUACUUCAAAGGCUUGGAACGGCUCAUGCAAUAUACAUUCAUAUUUUUGUGUUUCUUGGAUGCAUGAUUGGACUAACUUUAUUUGUUGGUGUUGUUAUUGCAAAUUACAGUGAAAACAAAGGUACAGCAUUGCUGACUGUUGAUCAACGAAGGUGGUGUGACUUAAAGAAGAGAUUGAAAAUAGCUCAACCCUUGCAUCUACCUCCACGUCCCGAUAGUCACAAAUUUAGAGCUUUCAUAUAUGAUAUUACACAAAACAUUUAUUUCAAACGUUUCAUUGCGGUGCUUGUUUUAACAAAUAGUAGUCUUUUAUGUGUCAGUUGGAAGUCUGAUGCAAAACAUACUAUACCACUGGCGACCUGUUCAGCUGCCUUUACUUUGCUUUUCACUAUAGAGGUAAUAAUGAAAGCAAUAGCAUUUACGCCGAGGGGCUAUUGGCAGAGCAGGAGGAACAGAUAUGAUCUUCUCGUGACAGUAGUUGGUGUGAUCUGGGUAGUCACUCAUUUCAUGCUAAUGAACAAUACGAGCAAUUCAAUAGGGUACACAGUUGUCAUCCUGCGUUUUUUUACUAUUACUGGAAAGCAUGCCACUCUGAAGAUGCUAAUGCUGACUGUUGUGGUAUCUGUGUAUAAAAGCUUUUUCAUCAUUAUGGGCAUGUUCUUGUUGAUAUUGUUUUAUGCCUUAACUGGAGUGCUUCUGUUUGGGACUGUGAAAUUUGGUGAAAAUAUUGGGAGGCAAGCGAAUUUUCAAACAGCUCCUAGUGGUAUAGCUAUGCUUUUUCGAAUUGUUACUGGAGAAGAUUGGAACAAAAUUAUGCAUGACUGCAUGCUAACUCCACCCUAUUGUACUCCUGGAGAAAAUUAUUGGGACACUGAUUGUGGAAAUUUCACUGGCAGUUUAAUUUAUUUUUGUUCAUUUUAUGUUAUCAUCACCUAUAUUGUGCUUAAUUUAUUAGUAGCUAUCAUCAUGGAAAACUUCUCUUUAUUUUAUUCAAAUGAAGAAGAUGCUCUCCUUAGCUAUGCUGAUAUACGAAACUUUCAAAAUACAUGGAAUGUUGUCGAUAUCCAGCAAAGGGGUGUCAUUCCUGUCCGUAGAGUAAAAUUUCUGCUUCGACUACUUAAAGGUAGACUUGAAGUGGAUCCAGACCGAGAUCGCCUGCUUUUUAAGCAUAUGGUCUAUGAAAUGGAAAGAUUGCAUAAUGGGGAAGACGUGACAUUUCACGAUGUUUUAAACAUGCUUUCAUAUCGAUCAGUAGACAUAAGGAAAGCCCUGCAAUUGGAAGAACUUUUAGCAAGGGAAGAAUUAGAAUAUCUAAUUGAGGAAGAAGUUGCCAAGCAAACAAUACGCCAGUGGUUAGAUAAGUGUCUACGUCGAAUUAAAGCACAAAAACAGCAAAACAGUCUUAUCAACAGUUUGAGAGCUACAACUGAAGCAUUGCUUGCGGGCACUGAAAUUCCUCUUAAUAAGCCUGUUGCCUCUGAAGCCAAAGAAGAGGGCAAAGAAGAGGCUGCGGCUGCUUCCGUAAGGCAUCGCAAAAAGGGGCAGCUGCCUGGACGAUCAGACAGCAUUUCCUCCCAGGGUGGGAGAAAAUUUUUGGCCCCUUCUCUUUCUGAUGGAGCUGUACGUGCUGAGAAAGAUAGAUUUCCUGCAAAGAAAUGGAAUGCCAGGCAACCAGGUUCUAAAGGUCUACCUGAUCUCAGUGAAAGCAGUGAAUUGUCAUCACCUACUCCAGAAGAAGAUGAAGGUGCAAUUCAACCUCCAUCCCAGAAAAUGGGAAUUGUUGUUGUAGAAGUUCAAAAUUGGUGGACUUCUCAACUUGGAUGUGCCAGUGGUUCGGAAGAUCCGAAACUUUCAAAGUAGAAGUAGUGUGUCGAAGUAAAUAAUGUGAGAAAUAUUUAAUUAUACUUUUGAAAUUCUCUAAGAUUAACUUCAUUCUAUUUGUACAUGAACAGCAAAUGUUAAAAUUGCACAUUUUGUAAAAAUAUAUAUCCAGAAAAUUUAUUUAUUUUUAGUAUGUUGUAUUUAAAUUGCUUUUUUGUAUUUUGUAACAUUGAUUUAUUGUAUUAAAUACUCAUGAAUAAAAACUGUAUCA